UGGCUGUGAGUGACGGCUCGGCCGGCCAAUCGCCGCGGCCUUCUCCAUCCCGGAGGUAAUUUGGAGUGAGCGUGCGCGCGCGCGCGUGCAUGCGCCCAUGUGUCUGCACCCGCGAGUCCUCCGCCCCGCACAUUCGCAGGCGCCCGAUGUGCACAGAUGUGGCGUGCAGUGUCCGCGGACACGCUAGCGCGCGAGUGUGCGCGGCCGCAGGGGCGCGCAGCCGUCCGGAUGGAGCCCCGGCCCCCCCGCAGUCCCCUCCCGUGAAGAAUGGGCUUGCGAGGCGCUUUCGGAUUCAUGUCGAAACCUGCAGCAGGGGAAGAAGCCGAGAGAUGUGAUCGUGCUUCUCCGCAAUCGGGGCGCUCCCCGCCGGAAGCCAUGGUCUGCAGGUAGGAGGCGUGACCUCGUGGCCGCCCCCGAGGAUGGAGAGAUAAGACUCCGCCCAGCGGCCCGCGCCACCGAGAGCCGCCGCCCCGGCGGGCGGGCCUGAGUCCCGGACAUGGAGCACCACCGGGAGGCGGAGAUGGGGCUGCGGAGGGGCCCCAGCCCGCCCCGGGCCGGCAGGAGCCCCGACGCGGACGGGGACCGGGCGCUGAGCCACAGCUGCUGCAUCUGCGGGAAGAGCUUCCCCUUCCAGAGCUCGCUGUCGCAGCACAUGCGCAAGCACACGGGGGAGAAGCCCUACAAGUGCCCGUACUGCGGCCACCGCGCGUCCCAGAAGGGCAACCUGAAGAUCCACAUCCGCGGCCACCGUACGGGGACCCUGGGCCAGGGCCGCGAGCCGGCCGCCGGGGAGCCGCGCGCAGCCGAGGGCCUGGGCGGCUGCGCCAGCCCCACCGAGAGCACGUCCGCCUGCAGCCAGAUCCUGAACGGGGCCUCGCCGGCGGGCGGCGGCAAGAUCCUGCUGAGGAGCAGCAGGAAGGAGGCCGAGGGCGCCCCGGAGGAGGGCAAGGCGGCGCCGGCCCCGUGCGCCUUCUGCAAGAGCAAGUUCCCGCGCAGGAAGGACCUGGAGCAGCACAUGCAGCAGGCGCACCGGCCCUUGGCCUGCCGGCUCUGCAGCUACGUGGCGCCCCGCGAGGAGGCGCUGCUGAGCCACGUGGAGAAGGAACACGUGACGGCGCUGGGGCCCCCGGGGGGCGCGGGCGCGGCCGCGGAGAACGGCAAGCCCGAGCUGCCGCCCGGCGAGUUCCCCUGCGAGGUGUGCGGCCAGGCCUUCAGCCAGACCUGGUUCCUGAAGGCGCACAUGAAGAAGCACCGCGGCUCCUUCGACCACGGCUGCCACAUCUGCGGCCGCAGGUUCAAGGAGCCGUGGUUCCUGAAGAACCACAUGAAGGCGCACGGCCCCCGGCUGGGCAGCAAGGGCAGGCCUCGCGGCGAGCUGGACCCGGUGGCCACCAUCAACGACGUGGUGCAGGAGGAGGCCAUCGUGGCCGGCCUGUCGCUCUACGAAGUCUGCACCAAGUGCGGGAACCUGUUUACAAACCUGGACAGCUUGAACGCGCACAACGCUGUCCACCGGCGCGCGGUGGCCAGCCGGACGAGGGCCCCGGGCGCGGCGGGCGCCGCCCCCGCCUCGCAGCGGCUCUUCCUCCAGUGCCUGAACCUGCGGCCCGCGGGGGCGGCGCCGGCCCACAGUCAGGCCGGCCGGCGGGUGGCCGAGCUGGACCCGGUCAGCAGCUACCAGGCCUGGCAGCUGGCCACGCGGGGCAAGGUGGCCGAGCCGGCCGAAUACCUCAAGUAUGGCGCCUGGGAUGAGGCGCUGGCCGGGGACGUGGCCUUCGACAAGGAGCGGCGCGAGUUCGUCCUGGUGACCCAGGAGAAGCGCAAGCGUGAGCCCGAUCCGGGCGCGCCGGGGCCCCCGCGCAAGAAGGCGGGCGUGCCCGGGGACGAGGGCGACUCCGCCUCCCAGCCCAGCAGCCCGGGCUCGGCCUGUGCGGCCGCCGACUCCCCAGGCUCCGGCCUGGCCGAUGAGGCCGCGGAGGAGAGCGGAGACGAGGGCUUGGCCGACCCUGCACCAGCGCUGCUGAGUUGGGGAGGCUUCCGGGCUCCUCCCGGUGUCCGGGCCACCGCGCAGACGCUGCCAGUGUGCGGUGAGUGUGCCCGCCUGGGCUGGGCUGGCGGAACGACCGGCUGCCAAGCCCAGCGGACCGCUGCCUCCGUGGAGCAGCCCAGUCGGCGGCCGAGGCGCUGA